UUCAUUCUCUUUCUUCCUUCCGUCGCUUUUGCCAAAUCUCGCAACUCUUCUCUUCAAAUCUCUCUCUCUCUCUCUCUCUCUCUCUCUCUCUCUCUCUCUAGGGUUUCAUUCUCAUUUAAGAUUCUCAAAAACAUAUACUAUCUUUAAUUGAUUUGAUUCUUCUCCCAACAUCUACCUGUUUCGGAUUCGGAUCUCAGCCGUUACCGCUGUUAUUUUUUUCUGCGUAUUUUUUAUCCGAUCCGAUACUCGAACAUUCGAUCCCUGAUCCCUUAAUGAUUACAUUACAGUAGCUUAGAGAGUUCAAUAUUCAAGCAGGUUUUGAUUGUGGUGCUUGCCUUUUUUUGGCUUCUGAAGUUUGUCGGUUAGAUGGUAUGCUGCAGUUGCGUGAGGUUUUUGUUUGUUCGAGCUGGUACCUUCGGCAACAGAGUGAAAAUCAACGGCAUCGGGAGGAGUUUUCAGGCAAUUCCCAGUGUUACUUAUUCGCCAAUUCGUGAAUUUAAGACAAACAUAGGGAUGAUGGUUGAUACGGGUUCUAUGUCGAGGGCCGGACCCCUUGUUGAUAUGAUGCCAGAGAAAGAUGAUGAUGGCCGGUUUGCCAGUGGAGGGUGGAAAAGUGAAGGUGGAAGACUUAGCUGUGGGUAUUCAAGUUUUAGGGGGAAGAGAGUGACAAUGGAGGAUUUUUAUGAUAUUAAAACAUUGAAGAUAGGUGGUCAAUCAAUAUGCUUAUUUGGAAUAUUUGAUGGUCAUGGUGGUUCUCGUGCUGCAGAGUAUUUGAAGGAACAUCUCUUUGACAAUCUCAUUAAACAUCCGAAGUUUUUGACAGAUGCCAAAUUGGCUAUAAGUGAAACAUAUCAACAGACUGAUGCUGAUUUUCUGGAUUCCGAAAAGGACAACUUCCGGGAUGAUGGCUCUACAGCUUCUACAGCGGUCUUGGUUGAUAACCAUCUUUAUGUAGCUAAUGUUGGAGAUUCCAGGACUAUAAUAUCGAAAGCUGGUAAAGCAAUUGCUCUCUCUGACGAUCAUAAGCCAAAUAGAAGCGAUGAGCGGAAGAGAAUUGAGAAUGCUGGGGGUGUUGUUAUGUGGGCAGGUACUUGGAGGGUAGGAGGGGUGCUAGCAAUGUCUCGUGCCUUUGGUAAUCGUAUGUUGAAGCAGUUUGUUGUUGCGGAACCUGAGAUCCAGGACCAAGAGAUGGAUGAACAAAUUGAACUGCUUAUUCUUGCAAGUGAUGGACUCUGGGAUGUUGUACAGAAUGACGAUGCUGUUUCUCUUGCCCGCGCAGAAGAGGAGCCCGAGGCAGCUGCUCGCAAGUUAACAGAGGCCGCAUUUUCUCGUGGUAGUGCAGAUAACAUUACAUGCAUUGUGGUGCGCUUUCAUCAUGACAAACCAGACCCCGCUAAUCCUGACAAAGCUGAAUCAGCUACUGAUCAGCAUGAGCAGACAACGUGAAAGCACAAACGAUUGUGUUUGUUAUACACAUUCGCGGUAAAAUUGAAUGAACUGAGCUCACCGCAUGCACCAUGGCUCACUGUGCAUGUCAACAAGCGGUUUGUUUAUUCAUUAGUUUUGUAAUGUGAGUCACUCUCGUUUUCUGAUUUUGGAUUCAUGUUCCGGAAACUUAUUUCAGCGUUUGCAGGUAUAUAUUUCAAGUUUACUGUUUGUAGAGGCAUCAAUUUGGUGUUAUUGUUUUAAUCUAAUAAAUGUAAUGCCCAUUAUUCGGGGAUUGGAGUUCCUUGAAUUGAAGUGCAUGAUGAUUCAGAUUCCCUGGAAAUUUUUUU